AUGGCCGGUACUGCGGAGCGUGAACCCGACGCCGGGUAUCAGUCAAACAUCGCAAACGAGUCAAACGAGUCCAUCCUCCUUGACCAACUCCGACUGCGAAACCAGCGUGCAUGGAUGGCAGUGACAAACAGUCAGGGAAUGCUGAUGCCAAAGUCUUUGCUAAAGCUUUGCAUGAAGCAAGCGGUUCCGACUGAGAAUCAGAAUGCAGAGCAUUUGCUGCGAGGGCUGCUGGAGGCCGAACUGAAGAGGAGUGACACCCCAGGUGAAUGCAAGGAGGUUGACACGGAAUCCUUGCGGAAAGAGUUUCUGCGGCUCUGUCAGCAGUUUGCGCCUGAGAAGGAAUGCUUGGCUUACGAAGAAUGGCUGCGCUGGGAUGGGUUGGAUGCAACCAUAAGUGCAGAAGGUGCCCGAAGCCUUUGGCUUAGACUAGUUGGUCCUGGAAAAUCCGCAAGUGAGGAGGACUUCUUGCGGCUUGCUCGUGUGAUGCGGCAGGAGUGUGGUCUUGCCACAACCAUUCAGUCCUUCCUUCGCGGGAAUGCGGGCAGGCGCAGAGCCCGACAUGAAGCACGGGAAGCCAGCGAUAGCCUUGAGAAUACGUGCCUGGAGAACGCUGCAAAACUGGCUCCCUACAAUCCAACCCCAGACUGUGCCAUAAAGCAGGCUUUGGAUGCGCUUGGCGUGCAGAGUGGGGACACGCUGUAUGACUUGGGAUGUGGAGAUGGACGAAUGCUGCUGGCAGCAGCCAGACGAGGAGCGCGAGCGGUUGGAGUUGAAUAUGAUUCCCGCUUUGCGCAAAAAGCAUCGGAAGCGAUCCGUGAAGCUGGCCUUGAAAGCUUGGCCGAAGUCAUCUGUGGUGAUGCGCUGAAGACGAACCUGUCAGACGCGACAAAGAUCUUUGUAUACCUGGUUCCUGAUGGUCUACGCAUGAUGAGCGUAGCUUUGUCAGAUGCAAGUCGACGAGGUGUGCCGAUCGCUAGCUAUCUUUUCGCUUUGCCGGGUUGGAGCCCGAGUGCAGUUCUUACGUCUGACACACGAAGCAUCGAAUGCAAGGUUUGGAUGUACCAGGACUUCACAGCUUCUCCAAUGGUCGAGAGCUCCAGGGACAAAACUGAGGAGGAAAAGCCUGCAUUGUUCCUGCGCGGGCUUUACAUAGCAAAGGUAGUCAUGUCCCAGAAGGUAUCCGAACAUGAUGGUUGCGAAACGUUCUGCGUUGCUGGCAUAGCCUGCUUGGUAAAGACAUCGUAG